UGCUACUACGGGUGACUAUUAAGUCCAAACAUGUCCGUUCACCACCAAUCGCCGGUUCCCCAAGUCGUGUUGUUUUUGUUCUUAUCGCAACCGCAGUGCGCGCAUCAGGUGGUUUAAUCAGACAGCCAAGUCUGCCCAUCAGUGGGAAGGUUAUAGUCUAUAGCGCAUCAAAAAGAAUGACGAAUGCAAAAAUUACGGUUUUACCCGCGGAGGAGGCGAAUGUGAGAUUCGGGAGCAACCUGCUCGACUUUAAAAAGCUGACUCGUCUGUACUGCAGGAAUGGCGGAUAUCAUCUACAGAUUCUCCCAGACGGGACGGUGGGGGGCAAGAGGGACGAGAAUGACAUUCACACGGUCCUCAGGGUGAAAUCUGUGGACCAUGGUGUGGUAGUCAUCCAGGGGACAGAGGCAGGACGUUACUUGGCCAUGAGCGACGACGGAAAACUAAACAGCUUACUGACAAUAACCGAUGAAUGUUACUUCCUGGAGAAGAUGGAAGAGAAUCACUACAACACAUACCAGUCUCAGAAGUACAAGGACAGCGGUUGGUAUGUGGCACUGAAGAAGAACGGCAAGCCCAAACUAGGAUCCAGGACCCACAUAGGGCAGAAGGCCAUCUUCUUCUUGCCCCGUCGGUUGGAGGGCCCUGGGGAAUGAGUGGUAGAGCCCUAUACUACACACAGAUUACACCUGCGCAUUUGCACUUCUUUUGCUGUGCAACCCAGAAUUGCAAUAUAGCAAUCUAGGUUCACAGCUCAAAUAAUCUUCCUUUGUGUGGCCAAAAUUAAAACAUUGGCACCAAAUGCACCUUGAGGAAAAAAGAAAGGGAAACCUGAGGGAUGUCUGAAAUGACAAAAUGUAGCACACCCGUGUCAUUUUAAACAUCCGUUUCAAGGUGAUCAUUGGGAUGUCCUAUAGUCAGAAAGGUGAAAGAUAGGUUUAACUGUAUUUGAAAUGUAUUGAAGCACUCGGUUUAUCAUAGAUGUUAUAAUGCUUUAAGUAACCUGAUAAUAGACGGCGUCACCUGUAUUACACUGGUAUAGUUAAAACAAUCUGCUAGAUACAUGCUAAAACUUGGCAGAAUGAACUCACACUACGACCACAUUACACCUUAUGCUGCUAGCUAUAAACCAAGCAGUUAUGUUUGCUUAUGUGAUAACACUGUUCUUCACUGUGAAAAUAAUCCCAAGUAACAUAAUAUUAAAAGACUAAUAAUACUUACAUGUAUAUAAUAAUGGACUAUUAGCCACUCUUACUAGCCAAUUGUUUCUGAAACCUGAAGGAUAAAAUCAAAACACUGGGCAUAUUUAAAUCUUACUCUACGAGCUCUGGAGACUGAUGGCUUUACUGUUCAAGUUGGUAAUACAUUUAAUCCGUCUGGUGUUUGAUCAGUCAUUUAUUAGAGGGAAAAGGCUGUACGUUGAAAAUUAUUAAAACCUAUAGUACAAUAAAUGUCGUGUCUGUUCAUCUUUCACUCCACAUCCUACUAAAAGCAGUAAAAACCUUUGGGAAAGCUUGCACACAAAACCUGGAAGAGACAUUCAAUCUCACUUUCAGAAGUGAAAUUUAUUAGACAUGAAGCUUUGUACAGUUUUAAACAACAUCUUAUAACAAUAAAAGCCCAAGGAUGCAGCUGAUCUACUUGACACAGAUCAGAGGUGUCUGGGAGUUUAGAUCACAGUCCUAGCUGUGCUGUACCAACCCACUUGAAAAACUGGUUUAAAACAAAGACUCACAUACAGGUGUUUGCUAGAGCACAAUUGAGAGAAUUGACAGGUAAAAUGCCAACAAUAUCCAAAAUGUACAGUUACAAAUUAUGCCAAUUAACAUGAUCAAAAGAAAGACUGACAAGUAGACCUCAAUUGCUUGAGUAAUUUUCCCUAAAUGUAAUAUUUAUGGCCAUUUACCACUUGUAAAGCACUAGAUCACUCAUAACUACUAAUAAAGCGCAAUUUGACUCUUAUGGAGGCUCCAUACUCUGAAACACUACAGGCACUACCAUUUGGUCACGAAUAGUUGAUUGGAUAACAUGUGAGUAUACAUAGGAAGAGACUCCAUGGGUUUUUAUUGGCAUAUUUCUAAAAGUGCACCUGCUUACAACAUUCUUUGAUAUUAUAAUAGUUUGUUUCGAUACCUAAUACGCUACAGUACUUCUCUACACUCCCCAGAAAAAUUUCAUUUUUUCCCCCAUUACAUA